GCGCGACGGAUGACGCCGCCGACGAUAAUCUACUAUGAUGAAUGUGUAGAAGAAAUUUACUAUUGGAAAAAUAAAAACUUCUUUUAGUAUCGUUUCAACCACCAGACUGUGUUAACGCAAUUAUUUUACUAUACGGAUUAAAAGGAAAAUAAAAAAAAAAAUAAAAAAAAUAUAAAGAACAUUUGAAGUAAAAAAAUUAAAAAUAUACGGUUAUUAAAAUUGCACAGAAAAUUUACAUAUUCUAAUUUUUAAAACAAAAUAAAAAAAAAAAUAAAUUUGAAUUUAAAUUUAUUUUUUCGUUCAAAUUUCUUACAUCCCAUCGAAUAUUACUUUGUAAUUUUUGUUAAAUAACAAGAAAUCUAAAAAAAUUUCAAAAUGUCACAUUCAGUAACAAUUACACGUACGACAACAACAACUGGCAAUACUUCAUACAUUGUUAUUAAUACAGGAUAUUUAAAGACUGGUCCUGGUCUUCUUAAGUUUCUUCAAUUGGUUCUUGGAAUUGUUGUUGUUGGUAUUAUUGCAAAUUAUUUUCUAUCACCAACAUAUUUAUCAAGAAAUACUGAAGCUAGUAUUCUAUUACUAGCAACAGCAUUUAUGAUAGGAACAUUUUUACUGUUACUAUCAUGUAUAAUAUCAUUGAGUACAGGAAGUAUUCUAUCAAAAACCAUAUAUGAAGUUGUAUAUCAUGUUUUUGGUGGUUUAGCACUUCUUGCUGUUGGUAUUGCUGGUAUUGUUGAAUUAUCCGAUAAAAAUUCAAGUGCUGAACAUUAUAAAGCACAAAUGGCAGCAUCUGUUAUUUGUGCUGUUAAUGGUAUUUUAUAUUUUAUAAGCACAUAUUUUGCGAAUAAAUCAUAUAGAGGAAUGUAAAAUGCCUACAAAGUACUUGAAAAGUAUAUUAAGAAAAAAAAAACAACAACUUAUUUAUAUUCGUCCAAACAAAAAAAUAUUUUUUUUUCUUAAUUUUUUUUAAUUUAAAAUUUUAGAUAAUAACAAAACUUAAAGGUCAUCAUAUAAUUUUUUUGAAAAUAAUAUGUAAUAUAUGUAAUGUGUGCAUAUACAUAAAUUACAACUUUUGUAUUUCAAUAAAGAAAUAUUUUUGUAAUUGUAUUGUAAAUUACUUUUAUCAUUAAUAUUAUUUUACAUUAUAUUUUAAGUUAUACAUAUGUCUGUAUGUAUGUAUUAAAUGUUGAUAUUUAUACCAAAAUUACAUACAUAUAUAUUAUUUUGUUUUCUAUAAUAAAUUAUAAUUUAUUUACUCAACAAUGCAUUUUAUAAUAAUUUCGCUUUUUUUUGCAUUUUAUUGCCAAUAUAUGCUUAUAGUAUGAAAAACGUGUGUUGAACUUUUCGAAAAAGAAACGUGAAUUGAUGCAACAUAUUCAAUUUUGAUGUUAUCAAACAAAUUCAAUGCACUUAGUAUAAGGAAUACAUAUUAGGUGUAUAACUAUUUCAAUUUUAAUUCAAUAAUUGAAAAUUUAAAAAUUUUGCCAGAAUCUAUGACAAUAUUUAAAUUAAAAAACCGAUUAAAAAUUGAAAUCAUCCCUUACAAUAUAAUCUAUCGACUUUUUAUUUUAAUUGAUAUAUGCAGCGACAAUAAUACAAAUUUUAUAAAAACCAAAAUUCAUGAAUAUUAUAAUUUUACUUAUAUGCUUAGCUUAAUUACGUAAUAUAGAGCACGGCUUUCUUUUAAUAAAUUUAAAAUUUUAUUUUCAAAAUGCAUCUUUUAUUAUUGCAUAUUUUGUCAUCUUAAAUUAGAGCUACGUUGAGUAAAAUUUUGGAAGUUUUACUUAUAGAAUAAAAAAAAAAAAUUAGGCGAAAUGUAAUUUUCAUGGGUGUUCUUAAGAAAAUCGAAUUCUAAAAUAAUGUUUAAAGGAAACAAAAUAUUGAAUAUUAGAUUCUAAUAUCUGUAUUAAGUUAUAUCUGAAAAGGCAACUAUUAAAUUGAGAAAUUUAGAUUAUUGCAAGACAAGUAAAAAUAAUACUGAAAUCUUACAACCGACAACAUUACAUUUUGCUUGAUUUAAAAUAGUUCUAAUCUAAUGUGACAAUUUAUUUUCUAUUUAUGAAUUCGUACAUAUGUAUAUGUUUACAUAUAUAAUUUUAUCCUAUUUAUAGAAGUAUUUUAGUAUUAAAUUAUAUAUUAACAAUUAUUAAAUCAAAAUAUAAUUAAGGAUUCAUUUUUCAAAUCUACAUAUAUAAAAAAAAAAAGAAUAAAUUAUUAUAAAAAUUGCUAACCAAAAUUGAACAAUAAAACAAACGGGUAACAUUCAAAAAAUUAUGACAAUAAAUUAUAUCUUUAAUAACCAAGCCUAGUCAUUUGAAUGACAAAUACAUUUUACAAACAAAAUAAUAAAUAAAAAAAAAAAUAAAGUGUUCAUUUUUCUCCUCGUAGUUCAAAAAAAUUUUGCACUUAUAUAUUAUAUUUUUUAUAAAG